AUGAUUCGACGUUGCCCCCCGGCGGGCGGCGGGCGGACCUGUGCGGUAACGCCGCUCAACUGCAGGAAGUGGAGAUGCCGCUGUCGCCACCAGCCUGGGCGCUGCUGCAGCUCGGCGACUGGACCGACUCCUGGACCCCUUAGCGUGCCGCACGCCUGCAAGGAACCGAGCGCUGGCAACGACGUGCCGCGUGGUGGGCCGUAUCUGAUGCCAUCACCGCCUGCGAGGCGCGCUCGCUCCACCGCUGCUGCGCUGCUGCUGCACACCGACUAA